CUCAAAUAUUACACUUUCUGGGUUGAGUUUGAAUCUUUGUGUUGAAGUAUUCUGUUAAAGAAGAGAUGGAGAAAAUUAACUUUGUGAAGAAUUGUGUGCUGAGAUUGCCUCCUGGAUUUCGGUUCCAUCCUACUGAUGAAGAACUCGUGGUACAAUAUUUGAAGCGCAAGGUUCUUUCUUAUCCUCUACCAGCUUCUAUCAUCCAGGAGGUCGAUGUUAACAAGUCUGAUCCUUGGGAUUUGCCAGGUGAUUCAGAGCAAGAGAAAUACUUUUUCAGCACAAGAGAGUUAAAGUACCCGAAUGGGAACCGAUCAAACAGGGCCACUGGUUCCGGCUACUGGAAGGCAACUGGAAUUGACAAACAAAUUGUGAGUUCGAGGAGCCACCAAGUUGUAGGGUUGAAGAAAACUCUAGUUUUCUACACGGGAAAGCCUCCAUCUGGAUGCAGAACUGACUGGAUUAUGCACGAGUAUCGCCUUGCUCAGGCACAAACCACUACCCCGCAAGGAACAAAUUUAGGCCAGGAAAACUGGGUUGUCUGCCGAAUAUUUUUGAAGAGAAGAAGCAACAAAAAUGACGACCAGGACGAACAAGCGCAAAAAGAAAUCAGAGGGGCGCCUACUGUAGGGAAAUCUAUACCUGUUUUCUUUGAUUUCAUGGGCAAGGCCAGGACAGAUUUGAAUCUGGUACCUGUAUCCUCAUCUUCGGGUUCAAGUGGGAUCACAGAAAUUGAAUCAGAUCACGAAGAAAGCAGUAUUUGCAAUAGUUAUCGACAAUAGACUAUUACUGAUUUAGUUUUCUUCAAAAUAACCAGUUCAAAGAUGUAAUUUCAGGCAGUCAAUGACUAUCAAAGGCAGAGAACAAAAAUGAAGUAAAAAUGGGCAUUAAAGGGAUAUCAUAAUAUAAAUGUAAACUGCAGUAUUUCAAAGUUAGUGAUGAUUAUCUUCAGGUUAGUUUUGUAUCAAUUACAUGUUCUCCAAAAGCUCAUAAUGUUCAACCAUUCAACUGUUUCGUCUUACAAGACAUUUUGGUA